AUGGUCCUCCCACCAAACACCACGCCCAACCCUGAUCCCAUCGCCAUCUUCCUCCCAGCCAUGUCAUCCGCCGUCCCAGAAUCAACACCAACCUCCGAGGCACCGGGCCCGGCCCCGGCGCCCCCAGCCGCCACCCCGCUCCCCGCCCACCUCAAAUCAUCAUCAGAUCAGCAACCGCUAGCCCCCGCCGCCGGCGCCGCCAGCAAUCACCCCCGUCCCGUCCCGGACUUUGCCCUCCCCAAGCUCCGCCUCGAGAUCCGCGACCUCAACGACCCGGCCGCAGCCCAUUUCCUCUCCGCCGUGAACGCCAGCACCGCCCUCGCGACCGCCGUCCGCUCCGUCCUCACCCUCCUCUACGAGUCCCCCUCCAACCACACAACCCACGUCCCGCCAACCCGCUCCGUCACCCUCAUCCUCCGCCCCAUGGGCGGCGUCGCCUACACCACGGGCUCCGACCUCGACGACGACCACAAGGAGAUCCACUUCUCCAUGUCCUACAUCGCCGGCAUCCCCGCCGACCGCCGCACCGCCGAGAUCAUGGGCGUCCUCACCCACGAAAUGGUCCACUGCUUCCAGUAUAACGCCCACGGAACCUGCCCGGGCGGCCUGAUCGAGGGCAUCGCUGACUGGGUCCGCCUCAACGCCGACCUGAGCCCGCCUCACUGGAAGCGCGACGCCACCGGGAACUGGGACGGCGGGUACCAGCACACGGGCUACUUCCUCGACUAUCUCGAGGGCCGCUUCGGCAAGGGCACCGUCAGGAGGAUCAACGAGAAGCUUCGUACCCAGCGCUACAAGGAGAAGGAGUUCUGGACCGAGAUCGUGGGCAGGCCCGUCGAGCAGCUGUGGAAGGAUUACGGCGACAAGAUGAAGGAGGAAGAGGCUGUGAUUGUGAACAAGGACGAUAUUUCGGAUGAUGAUGUUAGAUUGGGAAGGAUCCGAGCUGCCGACGAGGUUCCACAGUGA